AUGCCACCGCGACCUCGCAAGCAAUUGGACUCGAAAAGGAUCGAGGAUUCACUUCGAGCAAACAUUUUGCCAUUGGUAAGUUUAUUGAGCAAACUUAAUUCAUUGUAGUGGCCCUGUGGUCAAUAGUAGCAUGUUAUGCAGCUGAAUUCACGGCAAUUCAUGCAGUCAAUUUAUUAAAUUCGUCUAGAUCACCGAACAGUUGGAAGCGGUAGCAUGCCGUGCUGUUUGGAGAGUUCGUGAAACAAACAUUGACAUCGCAAGAAAUCAGAUCGCUUCAAAGCGACUUCGCCUUGACCAAGUGGUUUCUUCAAUGAACGGCGUUCAAUUCUUUUUUUCCUGCGUUACAAGUGUCAUGUGCAACGCAAAAUCCGCGAAAGACGACGACAACGAAACAAGUUACACGCCUGAAAGCUACCCAGCGAUUGCCUACUUCGUCGUGUACAAGGAAUGCGCAACUUGCAACGAGAAGAUCUUGUUUUCCACCAUUCACAACGAAGAAUUAGAAGCAGAGGUAUCGCGAAUUCGAGCGCGAAAAUCAUCCGAUAGCAAUAAUGAAAUGGAAAAAGCUGCAAAACAGUUAUUCCAAGUGGUCAAGGAUCACAGCAACAACACCAUCCAGGAGAUGCUCCAAAUAUCAAACGCGUAUUGCUACAAGAAUUCCGAGGGAACGCCGUCAGAUGAUGAUGAAGAGGAUGAUCAACCCGAGUUUGUUUCAACUCAUUUCCCCAAU